AUGUCUUGCGAGCCCGCUCAUACCCGGGUCCACCCCCGCCGUCGUGCCUUAAAUGGUGGCCAGUCUGCUCUCUCUGCCACUCCCAAAAUGGACACGACACCAGAGAGUCUGCCUAGCAUCCAACGAGGAACUACUUUCAACUCUCCCUCAUUGCCGCCCAGUCAAGACCGGGAUCCUCUUCUGAACAUCCCCUCGUUGCCGCGGCGUUCACCUACUUGCCCAAAGACUCUCGAAGCUGUUGCCGCUGGCCGCAAGCGCAUGGAAGAUAUCCUCGGCCAGAUUGAUCUCAGCUCACUAUCAUUGUCUGGUGAACCUGGUGAAGACGACCAGAAGAACGCUAGCUUGGCACAGCCCGGCGAUUACAAAAGCAAAUCUUCAACUCGUGGCAAUAAGAUGACCGAUAUGCCCGCUGUUUCGAACCCAGUCACUCAUCGUCGACAAACCUCUGACAGUGGCCUGGGCUCUUCCAUCAGUGCGACUGGACCUAACGAACGCAAAACAGUACACUUUGCUGCUGACCAUGAAGGAGCGGCUUUCACCCAGACCGCUUUCACCCAAAGCGUGACUUCUUCGGAGACAGAGGAAGAUCUGCAGCCGCUAUCUGAUGCUGCAUGUAGACACAUUCACACAAGGAUUGUCACGCCUAUCCUGCGUGAAGAGAAGCUGAAACCUUUCCAUCCUCUUGUAUCCAGUGUUCCUGCACGGAUCAAUAGGAAAGAGGUCAGAUGCUUGCGUGACCUAGAAAAGAUAUUAUUGUGGUUGGCACCGCGCUAUUCGGCUCCUCUUCAGCUAUUCUCUCGGUACUGCGAAUUCACGAUUCAACGCAUUUAUAUGACCGUUCCAUUUCUCAACGAACGUGAUCAGCAUUUGCCCACCGACCGCCCUUACACUAACGGAUAUUUCCUCGACCUCGUCGGACAGAUUCAACAGUACGCGGCCAUGGUAUCCGCUCACCGCCAACGCGCCCGCACCCAGUCACCUUCAUCAAAAUCAGGCGUUGAUCUCACCACCAUGGAGCCUCUCACUCUCGAGGGCGGACUAGCUCAGACUGGGCGUCCUGCCACUCUAGUAUCCCAUCUUGACGGUAAACCCGUAUCUCUAGCUGAUGGUGCUUCUUACGAUCCAGCCACCAUUCCUGCCAUGAAGCGCACCCACAGCGGCCUGAGCAAUGACGAGGGAAUCGAACGCUCCAUGGCUCGCCGCAAGAAGAACGCGCCUCCUAUGGAUAUCAACAAGAAAUGCAGCCACUGUGACAAGAUUUUCAAACGGCCGUGUGACUUGACCAAGCACGAGAAGACUCACUCCCGCCCUUGGAAAUGCAGUGACCCAGACUGCAAAUACUUUGUCGUUGGAUGGCCAACCGAGAAGGAGCGCGACCGCCACGUCAAUGACCGCCACUCAAACGCUCCAAGUAUCUACCGGUGCAAAUUUUCUCCAUGCAGUUAUACAUCAAAGCGCGAGAGCAACUGCAAGCAGCAUAUGGAGAAGGCCCAUGGUUGGCAAUAUGUUCGAUCGAAGAACAACGGCAAGCUCGGCGGCAAGCUUCCUUCACCAUCGGCUUCUGGGUCUUCGCCUCAACAAACUCCACCUACACCGGCGAUGUCUACUCCUGUUUCCAACCUAACAACAGACAUUCCCACACCUGGAAGCGGGCAGAUGGCUUCCCCAUACUCAAAUCCCGUCUCAUACGACCCGUCUGUGUACAACCCUUCUCCUCAGUACGAUGAGCCCCAAUACAACGUCACCCAGUAUGAAGAGCCUCAGUACGAUGGGUUCGUCGCCAUGUCCGGUGGACAGCCAUUCAAUUUUGCGGAGCCUCCUCUCGCUCCUGCUUUUGAUUUCCAACUGUUCCCUGAGGCCGACUUGAACUCGAUUGGGCUGGAAAACUUGCCACCAACUGAUGAGUUUAUGGACUUCCAAGCGGCCCUCGAAGCAUCCGAUCCGUCUGGUCUCGUUGCACCAUCUACAGACAUGGACCUUGACCAAUUCGGACCAGACCAGAUGAGCCAAUAUUGCUUUGACAGUGAAUUUUACAACUAUCAGCAUGGCAACGGGAUGCCUGAGCUUUAA